AUGGUCGACUGCGAUACUCUGGACGAAGAGGUUGCCAAGUCCCUAGGUCCGUUUCAACAUUGCACUUCCAACCAAGCUAUUGCAUUCGGCGAGCUUUCCAAACCAGCACGAGCGCAGGUUAUUGCGGCGUCGCUGGAAGAUGCGCAUAUGUUGUAUGCGAAGUACGCGCCCAUGGGGAUUGAGGAAUUGGCCGUUGAGGUUGCAAUGGUUCGAAUGGCGAUUGGGAUGGCACAGCAUAUUCGUGGACUUGUCCAUGUGCAGGUCAACCCUUACUACUCGUACUCCCCGGAGAAGAUCGUUGACAAUGCGCGUCGGAUCGUGCAAUUGUCUCAGCAUAUUCAGCCCGGCUUUGACACGGCUCGCAUUUGUAUCAAGGUCCCGAGCACAUGGGAAGGAAUGAUGGCUUGUCGUACCCUCGAAUUGACGGGCAUACACACUCUAGCAACCACGCUAUUCAGCAUGGCUCAGGCGGUCCUGGCCGAUGAAGUCGGCUGUACUUAUGUUGCACCCUAUGUGAAUGAACUGAAGGUGCAGGUCAACACAGGUCUCGUGGACAAUGCGAAAUUGCUUCCCCUUUGUGCAGCCAUCCAGAAAUACUACAAAUCCAUCAAUUCUACCACCAAAGUCCUCCCAGCAAGCCUAACCUCUGUCGAGGAGAUCUUCUUCCUUGCUGGCGUGGAUCACCUUACUAUCGCACCGGAUUUGUUGGCACAGUUGAAUCGGCCUUAUGCAGGAAAAACCAAGUCGCUAUUUGAUAUGGACCCAACUCUUCCGAUUCCCGCGCGGGGUAUUUCCUUCAUCAAUGACCCUGGGAGCUACCGGAUCACAUUUGCUCGAGAUCAAGGUGGUGCGAGUCAGAUCAAGUUGACUGAGGCUGUGAAUAUCUUCUGUGAUUUCCAGGACAAGUUGGAGCGACUUAUGAAAGCUGCUGCGUGA